UGUGGGUGGACCGCCGCUCCUCGACUCAGGGAACGGUCGAGGACAAUGAUGAGGGCCUUUGAUCAUGCCCCGAAGGGACAAAACACGGUGGAGGUAAUAGGAAGGAGGGAGGAGAAUCCCUCAAGGCUGUUGUAAUAUCGCUCCCUCCCCUUCGUUUUCUCUCCUUCUCCCUCCCUCCCAUCCUUCCCUGCCUGGGUUAUUCUCUCCCCUUGCUCCUUUCCAGAAUUCCGACAUUCCAGCCCUCCGUUUUUGUUCCAGUAAUAGCGGUUGUGUGAAGUGACCUGCUGCCCCGUAUAAUCUGGCGGAACUUGUGAAGAUGUCCACGUCGAAAGACAUCCGGGGGGACGAUGAUGCCCAGUUGGCAGCCAUGGGCCAUCGGGCCGAAUUGAAUCGCAAUUUCUCGAUGCUGUCGAUGUUAGGUCUUGCAUUCGCCAUUCUGAAUUCAUGGACCGCGCUGUCUGCCAGUUUGAACCUGAGUUUGCCGUCCGGAGGUUGCGUAAGCGUUGUCUGGGGUUUGGUAACAGCAGGUAUCUGUAACCUUUCCACUGCCGUUUCCCUCGCCGAAUUUCUUUCAGCCUACCCUACGGCUGGUGGACAAUAUCAUUGGGUCGCAGUCGCUUGGGAAAAAUGGAUGCCAAUCUUGUCUUGGAUAACCGGUUGGGCCAAUGUUUCUGGCUGGCUCGCUUUGACCGCCACCGGUGGAUUGCUGGGCAGUGAACUUAUUCUUGGGGUCAUUACUAUCAUGCAUCCGACCUAUGAGUCCCAGCGUUGGCAUCAAUUUUUGAUUUACAUUGCGUAUAACAUCAUGGCCUUCUUGAUCAACUCACUCAUGAACAACGGACUGCCCCUCGUCACUAAAAGUGCCUUCAUCUGGUCUCUUUCUGGAUUCACUAUCAUCUGCAUCACUUUGCUUUCGUGUUCAUCGCCUGAUUUCAAUUCUGGAGAGUUCGUCUUUGGUAAAUUUAUCAACCAGACAGGCUGGCCGGACGGCAUUGCUUGGUUGCUUGGCCUGCUUCAAGGAGGGCUCGGUCUUACAGGAUUUUUGCAAAAGGAUGGUGUUGCACACAUGAUCGAAGAAAUCCCCAACCCCUCCGUGGUAGGCCCCAAAAUUAUGAUAGGAUGUGUCCUCAUCGGAACCGGAACCGGAUUGGUAUUUUUGAUUGUGCUGCUCUUCGUCGCUGGUGAUAUCUAUGCGAUUAUCGAUUCUGCCGCCGGACCGCUGGCGCAAAUUUUCAAGCAUGUCACGAACAACAAUGCUGGAGCCAUUUGCCUUUUAAUCUUCCCUCUGGUUUGUAUGCUUUUUGCUGCCACAACCAUUAUGGCAACUAGCAGUCGUAUGGUCUACGCUUUUGCCAGAGAUGGCGGUCUUCCAGCUUCACCCUUCUUCAGCAAGGUUCACCCGAAACUCAAGGUACCCUUGAAUGCCUUGUAUCUGACAAAUGUUCUUGUUAUUAUUUUCGGAUGCAUUUUCCUUGGAUCCUCUAGUGCAUUCAACGCUAUUGUGUCCUCGUCCGUGGUGAUGCUGGAUAUUGCAUAUGGAAUUCCAAUUGCAAUCAACUGCAUGCGUGGCCGGAACAUGCUCCCUGAGCGACACUUUGUGCUUCCGAGUAUUGUCGGUUGGAUUGCCAAUAUGAUUUCUUUGGCCUACAUCUCUCUUACCACCGUGCUCUUCCUCUUCCCACCCGAGCUUCCUGUUUCCGGCAGCAACAUGAACUACUGUGUCGCUGCAUUUGGUAUCAUCUUGAUCAUUUCGACAUUCCAGUGGAUUGUUGACGGUCGCAAAAACUUCACCGGUCCACGCGCAGAUGUGGAUGUUAUCGCCGGUGAGGUGGCUGGAGGCGAAUACUACGGCGAAAACAAAGGUGGACAAGAUGAGCAGCAUGAAGGUCAAGAUAGGAAAUGA